CGGCUCAGUCAGAACGAGAGUGUCUGGUCGGUCGGAUUUUCUUUCGGUGAACCCGCUCCGGUCCGGUCGCUCUUAGACGGUAACAGUGACGGUAGAAGUGGUGUUACAAACAGGCACUUGUCUGUGUUUCUGUGUGCGUGCGUGUGUGUGUGUGAGGAGGGUUGUGGUUGUGCAGCAGAAGAGUGGGUGUGGAUGUGGUGUGGGCCCUCACCUCCAGGGGAGUGCAGUGUAUGGAAACAAUAGAUAGCUGUUCGAUUGUUUUGCUCACUGAUUUUUAUUGUUGCGAAAGGGUGAACCUCUCCCCACCCCGCCCCGCACCACCAGUGGGUUAAAAAGUGAAGGACAUCUCUACCGCCUCUUCUGAAAUAUCCUUAGUACACGUGUGUAUGUGAGUGUGUAAUAUAAAAGAAUGUGAAUGAAAGACAACAAGACCUAAGGCAUUGGAGGAGCCCAAAACACAGCGAGAAGAUUCAGGCUUUAGUUUCCCAGCUUUAAUAUAUUUUCCGAUUUAAACAAACAAACUUCGCGUUUACUUUUCUUCACGGAGAUUCGUGGUACGCUUUGCAUGUGUGUGUUGUGUGUUUCUGUGCUCCACAUAUCACGUGCACGCGUGUUAGUGCGACGAUAAUGCUGAUAAUGCAGUGAAAAUAGUUUUCGAGUCCUGUAGGAGAGCCACACCAACAAGAGAAAAGAAAAACAAAACCAUAACUAUCUCGCUCUAUAAGUGUGCGUGUGUGUGUGUUUGUAUGCUGAAAAUCUCAGUCAAGGAAAAUCGAUAAACGUAGCGAACCGAGCGGAGUGCGGGAAUUCGUUUCGUUUCGCGGGAAAACGCAAGUGUGUGCGUGAGAUAAAGAGGGUGCGUGCGUGUGCGUAUGUGUGUUUGUGAUAGUUUGGUGAUUUUCCUUUGCUCCUUAUGAAUGGAAAGGGCUGUCCAGCAAUCGGCAGCAGCUACGUAAUCGAAUUCAGCAUCGGAAAACUUUAACAGAUACGCAAGUACACGCGUGUGUGCGCGCGCGCGCAACCAGGAUAACAAAACGCUUCGACACCAAUACAAACGAGCGCACGUGAUCCCUUCGGGCGACACACGGAUUUACUCAGUGCAAAUACGUAAUCAAGGAAGUUGAAAUAGAAAUCGGCGCUGUAAAAACAUAAACACGAAAAAAUCCAAUUGGAAAAUACCACGCGAGUGAUCAAACUAGAAAAAAAACAAGUCCUUCGUCCAGUAGGACCUAUCUAAAAGCCCACGUUUCGUUCGUUCCUUCCCGAAGGCAAGGAAAGGCAACACAGCAAACCAUGGGCACGGUACUGAGCUUUAGCCCCCGGGAGCGUCGGCCCAUCUACUCGACGCACCAUCACAGCGCCGGCACGCUGUCGUCCUCGAACUCGGCCGACUUUCCGCUCAACAACUACUCGUACGAGCAGCUGAACAAUGCGAAGAAUCGCGAGAGCGCGCAAACGAAACCGCCGAACCUGAUACAAACCGUGCCUAACAACAGCCAUGGGCUGAACAUGAGCAAGGACGACUGCAAGAACAACAACAAUCCCGGCUCCCAUGGCAACAACAACAACAACAACAACAGCCACAAUGUCGGCUCGGGGAAUAAUAACCAUAGCAACAACAACAACAACAACAACAAUACCAGCAACAACCUGCUGCUGCUGCAGCAGACGCACCAGAACAACAUCAUGACCGGCAGCGCGAACAUCAACAACAUCAACAACAACAUCAGCGGCGGCAACAACAACAACGGCAACAGCAUACAGGAGCGCAACAACAACAACAACAGCAACCACAGCAACAACGCGGACAGUGCGCGCAUCCUGUCCGAGAAGAAUGCGCUCGAGAAGAACCUGAAGAAGCAUUCGCUGUUCAUCAAUGCGCUGUCGUGGAAGCGACUGGCGGCGUCGCACGGCAAGAAGAAGCUGGACAACAACAAGAACAAGUCGGCCAAUCUGGCCACGGCCACCAGCUUCCGGACGCCGCUGACCGACACGAUCCACCCGCUGCUGGACAAGAACAAGAACCUGCAGCAGUCGCAAUCGUUCACGCAAACGAUCAGCAGCCAGCAGCUGCAGCAGCAGCAGCAGCAACCGGCCACGAUCGUGCUCAGCCAGUCGGCCGGUUCCGGUGGGCAGCCGAGCAGUGGAGCGGGCACACAGUCGGUGGUCGGGCUGGUGGGAUCAUCGGGUGGCGCUGCCGUCGGGCUUGCUGACCGGCCGCCGCAUCACCAGCAGCAGCAGCAGCAAUCGCACCAUCUGCAUCCUCACGGACAGAUGGUGGUUGCUCAGCAGCAGCAGCAGCAACAGGCGGUCUACUUUACACCGCGCGGUCCUAAGGCACUGCUGGCGCUGGAUCUGGUGCGGGCCAACAACACGAACCCACUGUCCCAGCCGGACAAGCUCGCCCAGAAGCUGCCACUGCAGCUGCCGAUGCCGCUGCAGCCGAUCGUGAACCAGCAGCAGCAGCACAACGUGCCGAUGGGCCAGCAGCUGCACCACGGGCACGGGCCAAGGAAAACCGUCAUUCAGGCAUCGACGUCAGAGCUGCUAAAAUGUUUAGGAAUGUUCCUGCACGACCGAUGCCGCAAGCUACGCGACUUCCAGGCCGGCGACGCUGUGAUGUGGCUGAGGGCCGUCGACAGAAGCUUGCUGCUUCAAGGAUGGCAGGACGUUGCCUUCAUCAACCCAGCGAACGUGGUGUUCGUCUACAUGCUCGUCCGCGAGCUGGUCGACGGCGAGGAAACGAAGGAAGCGGAACUGCAAGCCGCCGUCCUAACCUGCCUCUACCUGUCCUACUCGUACAUGGGCAAUGAAAUUAGCUACCCGCUGAAACCGUUCCUAGUGGAAGACUCGAAGGACAAGUUCUGGGACAGAUGUUUGCUGAUCGUGAACCGCCUUUCCUCGAACAUGCUGCGCAUUAACGCCGAGCCGGGCUUCUUCACCGAAAUCUUCACCGAGCUGAAGGCGUGCGGCAUGAGCACGAACGCGAACGCCGGCGGCAACCUGCCGUGCGGUGCGGCUUGACGCUCCCGGCAUCCGCGCGAGGUCGUCGUCCGGCUCUCGAUUGCCGGCCAGCAGCAGAAGUACCAGCACGCGACCAGCACCCUGCAGGAGCUGACCAGCGUCGUCUGAUGCGCACCGUAAAUGCGGGGACCAUCCCCCACUCUCGCAACCCCAUCUUGGUCCAUCUUGGUGGCGUCUCCCCGGGCAAGGGGAGUUGACGCCUAGCAGCUAGCAGAGAUGCUCAUCAUCUCAUCAUACGCCAGAAAAAGGAGGAAUCGGUGAAAGUGAAACAAAAAAAAAGGAGAUACGUUUAAUAGUUCGUUGGGAAUGUAGCAUUCCUUAUUCCAUUUAUUGUUUUUUUUAUUGGUGCGUCCUCAUCCCGUGCCCCGUCCCGUGCGAUUGCGCUGGAUAGCAAUUGGGCGAGAGCGGGUGACCUUUGUCGAAGAAAAAACUGCACUCUGCAAUUUGCCUCAACUUUAGAUCUCAUCGAAGGGUUUGAACUCGACAGAAAGCAAAUCCAACCAAAAGCUACCAAUACUCAGUAUAGUGCCAUCUUGUUCAACUACUUCAAGGAGGUAUGAAAGCAAGGCAAGAACGAAACGAAAGGACUCCCUUUCCCUCCAUUUAGGAGGGUUUGUGUGUUGCUUUCGAUCGUACAACAAAGAUCUAGUCAAAAGCAACGUUCGAAUCACAGUUCUUUAGAGAGAAGAGUAGUAAGAUUUGAUCCUUUUCCUCGUCGACUGUCCGGAAGGGUGCACAGGCACUAACGAUGGCAGUAGUAGUAACGAAAACAUAUGGGAAUACUUUUGCAAUAGUUUGAACUGGCAGCAGACAGUCACUUCUGUGAAGGGAAAGGAGGAAAUAAAGCGUAUUUAAGUCCCAUACAGAACAACAACAAAACAAAACAUACGUACCAAGCUCGACCAGAAAGUAAAACAAAACAAAGCAAGGCAACAUCAUGACGCACGUGACAUGAGAAAGUAAUGUGAUUUAAAUCUAUAAAAACAUUCGUUAAGCGGCAUUAAAUUAGCGGAACCUCACACAGACACUCGCUCGCGAGCACACAGUAAAUGGGGUAAAAUAAGGACCGGUGUGUGAGUAAAAGAAAGAGACAGCAGCAAACCGCAGCAAAUAACCCCAACAAGAAAAGUAUGAAAAACAAACGACAACAGAUAUACCAAAUAUACCGUACACUAGAUACAAAAAGAAGCAUCAGAAAAAGAAAGCAUAGGAAACCUACGGAUAAAAACACUGCCCUACACCAGUCCGACGCAAUGGAAAGAAUGUAGAAGAAUGAAGAAAACAGAACAAACGGCAAAAGGAAGGCAUAAAAACGUUGCAUGAAAUCGUUAAAAUGUUGUACAAAAUCGAACAAAAAAAGAAGAAAAACGAACAAGUUAAAUAGUAGGAACGUGUCUGUGUGUGUGUGUGUGCGAUGUGAGUUGUGAAUGAAAGUAGAAACAACCAAAAUGAAACAAGCAAGAAAAGUGGUUAAAAGAACGGUUACAAGGGGUAAGGAAGGAUUCAAUCCGGUCACAGAGAAAAGAUAAACUCAAACUUGGAAUGAAAGUAGUGCAUUUUUGCGAUUUGUGGACCUUGUUUGUCAUCUUUGGGCCCAAAGAAUUCAGGUCCAUCCAAGGCCACAAAAAAGGGGCAAAACAUUCCAUUUGUUUUUUUUUUGUUUAAAACUUCAUACAAAAGCAAAACCGGAUAUAGUAACCGAAUGAGGAUAGGAUACAUCCUGCACCGCGGUACACCGACCGUCGGAUAUUAACCGGACGAUGAGUGGGACAAGGGAUGUUCGUUUGAUCCUUUUAUCGAUCCCUUUCGCGGGUUCCAACCCUUUUUGUGUAUAUUGUAAAGUACAUGCAGUGAAUGUUAUUGGGGUUUCUUCUCUCUUUGCGUUACUGUCACGCAGCGGUUAGGUUAGCUAGGAAGGGCGUGGAUAAGUGGAGCGGAAAACCGUAGCGGAUGCCUGUAGUGUGAUAGUGUGGUGUGGUUUUAGUGUUUACUCAAACGCAAACAGGACCGGUCUGUACGGUCUGUCUGUGGUUGCUGCAAAAAAAAGCAAAGGCUACUGAUCUCUAAACGUCUCUCUAGUCAACGGAUAGUGUCGACAGUGAUGGGGACCACCCCAUGUGCGGCACAAGACAGUCAUCUACAGUGCGUAACACAAUUAUAGCACGGCUUGUUUGGUUUGUGUUUGUAUAUGGAAAAUGUUAUAACAUGAUAAAAUCGAUCAAAAAUUUGAUGAUGUAUUUUGAAUCAUACAAAAGCUCAUUCAUACUUGGUGGGGCUAUUUUAUGUUUAGUAAGAACAAAGAUUUCAACAAAAAAAUGAACAUUUACAAACCGUAAUGUUCGUAAUUCCAGAAAAAUUGGUAAUUUCUUUCGAUCUCUACAUAUCUUUUAAACAUGUUUUAAGAUAUUGCUAACAUGUUAUGGAAUAUUCAAUUUAGUCAAAAUUCAGUUGAAUGUUUAGCAGUUCACAACACGGAUUAAAUCGAUGCAAAAAAGCUGAAAUUAAAAAGAGUUUAAAAUUUUAAAAGUUUUAAAAUUUAUGCCAUAGAACGUUUUCAAAUGCAUUUUACAAUACAUUUCUUUUAUGUCAGCUUCUAAGAAACUGCUUGUAAUUAAGCACUUAUUUUUGGAAAAAGGUCUUGUGCGGUAGCUACACAAGCUUGUAGUAAGAUUUUUUUUUUGUUUUUGUAAAUCCUUCCCUAUUUGAAAAAGAUUUUGAUACUCUAUUGAUGGUGUAAAAAUGCACUACUGCAGCAUUUAUUUUUAUCAAUUUCAAUUCAAUGUUUAUCAACUUGAAUCAAAACAAACCAUACCUUGCUAUAACUGUGUUGCGCACUGUAUAACGCUAUGUGUUACAUUGUGUUACAUUGUGUUACUGUUACAUUAUGUUAUUUUAUGUUAUUACAUUUAUUUAUUUCUAAUAAGCAUGCCGUGCAAUUUAUUUGUUUUCCUACCAAAAUGAUGCUUCCGUUUAAUGCAUUCCGUCUAGAAUUAAUUUUCACAUAUCAGGAAUGUGUUUAAGUAAUGUGAUUUUUCGUCUCCUUUCGUCCACUUUCGUUUGAAUGCUUUCAGCAAAUGCUCACACGAAGGAAUGGUGGUAAUUGAUGAUAUUAAUUCACCUACUAAGCUAGUAUUUAAAUGCAAAGGUAUUGGUUUGAUUUACGACCUAAAACACAACCGCUUUACCAACGAAUUCAAUUCCGUCUCUUACGCAGUACUCACACGGGGGAAGAAGCUUACAAUUAUUAAAGCAUCCGCGGUUACGACUUACGUUCCAUACUAUAUCAUUAAAAUUUAAUUGCUACAUUUAAGAAAGGAAGGAAUAUGAUCUUUCAAUUAUACAUUUGUUCCUUAUUUUGAGUGCAAUGUUGUAAAUAGAAGUAAAUGCUACACACAAGUGAAAAAGAACGCUGAAUAGUGUGUGUGUGGGGCAAAACUGGACAGCAACUGGCUAAAAGAACGGGAUCCCACACGUGGUGUUCCACCGCAUUCCAUCCAUCCAGAAGUCGUUUCCAUUCCUUUGUUUGCUAAUUCUUAAGAUUGAUCGAUGUGCCCAGUCGGUCGCCUAAUUUACAUACAGAAUUUGCCAGGAGUUCUCAUAGUUGUGGGGCACAUUAGUGACUCUUUCUUAUGGGAAAUGAACUUUAUAUGAUGGAAAUUGGACUCUAUGGCACCUCUUUUG